GGCGCUGAGGGGGCGGAGGACGAUGGAGAGAGCCAUGGAGCAGCUCAACCGCCUCACCCGCUCGCUGAGGCGCGCCCGCACCGUGGAGCUGCCCGACGAUAACGAAACUGCUGUCUACACACUGAUGCCAAUGGUAAUGGCAGAUCAGCACAGGUCUGUUUCAGAACUGCUGUCAAAUUCAAAGUUUGAUGUCAAUUAUGCUUUUGGACGUGUCAAGAGAAGCUUGCUUCACAUUGCGGCAAAUUGUGGGUCAGUUGAAUGCCUGGUCCUCCUGUUGAAAAAGGGAGCAAAUCCUAAUUACCAGGAUAUUUCUGGGUGCACACCGCUUCAUUUGGCAGCUAGAAAUGGUCAGAAGAAAUGCAUGAGCAAAUUAUUGGAAUACAGCGCAGAUGUCAACAUUUGUAAUAACGAAGGCUUGACUGCAAUCCACUGGCUGGCCGUGAACGGCCGCACGGAGCUGCUUCACGAUCUCGUGCAGCACGUCAGCAACGUCGACGUGGAGGAUGCGAUGGGACAGACGGCACUGCACGUGGCAUGUCAGAACGGCCAUAAAACGACAGUGCAGUGUUUACUAGAUAGCGGUGCUGACAUCAACAGGCCUAAUGUGUCAGGAGCCACUCCGCUGUAUUUUGCUUGCAGUCAUGGUCAGAGAGACACAGCACAAAUUCUUCUGUUACGAGGAGCAAAGUAUCUUCCUGAUAAAAAUGGAGUUACCCCACUGGAUCUUUGUGUACAGGGUGGGUAUGGAGAAACUUGUGAAGUAUUAAUUCAGCAUCACUCUAGGCUGUUCCAGACAAUUAUUCAAAUGACACAGAAUGAAGACCUUCGCGAGAACAUGUUGCGGCAAGUUCUGGAGCACUUAUCUCAGCAGAGUGAAAGUCAGUACUUAAAGAUUCUAACAAGCCUUGCUGAUGUUGCCACCACAAAUGGUCAUAAAUUGCUUAGCCUGUCUAGCAAUUACGAUGCGCAAAUGAAGAGUCUCCUAAGGAUCGUGAGGAUAUUUUGCCAUGUCUUUCGCAUCGGCCCAUCCUCUCCCAAUAACGGCAUUGAUAUGGGCUACAAUGGGAAUAAGACUCCAAGAAGUCAGGUGUUCAAGCCACUGGAAUUGCUGUGGCACUCCCUGGAUGAAUGGCUAGUUUUAAUAGCCACAGAGCUGAUGAAGAACAAAAGGGACUCUGCCGACAUCACUUCCCUCUUCCUGAAACAAAAAGGACCGGACCACCCAGAGGCGACUUCCAUUCCUCCCUUCGACCCCGGAAGCGGGAGCACAGAAAACCUGUCCAUCGACAGCAGGGACCUUAGCCCAGAUAAAACUGCAGGGAAGCAGGAAGCUAGUGGAGACUGUCAGGACGUUAUCUCAAUGACCGCCAACCGUCUCAGUGCAGUUAUCCAAGCCUUUUACAUGUGCUGUUCUAGUCAGAUGCCUCUGGGGAUGACAUCACCUCGUUUUAUAGAAUUUGUGUGCAAACACGAUGAAGUUCUUAAAUGCUUUGUUAACCGAAACCCCAAGAUCAUCUUUGACCACUUUCACUUCCUUCUUGAAUGUCCUGAGCUGAUGUCCAGAUUUAUGCAUAUCAUCAAAGCCCAGCCCUUUAAAGAUCGCUGUGAAUGGUUCUAUGAGCACUUACAUUCAGGGCAGCCCGAUUCGGACAUGGUGCACAGGCCAGUGAGCGAAAAUGACAUCCUGUUGGUUCACAGAGAUUCUAUUUUCAGAAGUAGCUGCGAAGUUGUGUCGAAAGCAAGUUGCGCCAAAUUAAAGCAGGGGAUUGCUGUGCGUUUCCAUGGUGAAGAAGGCAUGGGACAAGGUGUGGUGCGGGAGUGGUUUGAUAUUUUAUCUAAUGAGAUUGUCAACCCUGAUUAUGCCCUGUUUACCCAGUCUGCUGAUGGGACAACGUUUCAGCCGAACAGCAACUCCUAUGUCAAUCCUGAUCAUUUGAACUACUUUCGGUUUGCUGGGCAAAUCCUGGGUUUAGCUCUGAAUCACAGGCAGCUGGUCAACAUCUACUUCACAAGGUCCUUCUACAAGCACAUCCUAGGUAUUCCUGUAAAUUAUCAAGAUGUGGCAUCUAUUGAUCCAGAGUAUGCAAAAAACCUGCAAUGGAUUUUGGACAAUGAUAUUAGUGACCUGGGUCUGGAACUGACGUUUUCUGUGGAGACUGAUGUCUUUGGAGCAAUGGAAGAAGUGCCUUUGAAACCUGGAGGUGCCAGUAUACUUGUGACACAAGAUAACAAAGCUGAGUAUGUACAACUUGUUACUGAACUUCGAAUGACAAGAGCCAUUCAACCUCAGAUCAAUGCGUUUUUACAGGGCUUUCAUAUGUUUAUUCCACCUUCUCUUAUACAACUUUUUGACGAGUAUGAACUGGAGCUGCUACUUUCUGGUCUGCCGGAAAUUGAUGUGAAUGAUUGGAUAAAAAACACAGAAUACACAAGUGGCUAUGAAAGAGAAGAUCCAGUUAUUCAGUGGUUCUGGGAAGUUGUGGAAGAUAUAACUCAAGAAGAAAGAGUUCUGCUUCUGCAGUUUGUUACUGGCAGUUCUAGGGUGCCUCACGGUGGCUUUGCGAACAUCAUGGGGGGUAGUGGACUGCAGAACUUCACCAUCGCGGCUGUGCCAUACACUCCUAAUUUGCUUCCGACGUCAAGUACGUGCAUCAACAUGCUCAAGUUGCCUGAAUACCCAAGUAAGGAAAUCCUUAAGGAUAGGCUUCUUGUGGCACUACACUGUGGAAGCUAUGGGUACACAAUGGCAUAAUGAAGCCUCAAACUCAUCUGACUACUGAUGCGCAAUUGAGAAUGGCAGAAGCAAUUUAAGGAACUGUCAACGCAGAAGGAGCCCAAAUGCAGCCUGUAGGCGGGUCUGACGUUUAAAACCCGUGAAGAAUUGGUUUCCCCACCCCACCUCCCUUUCCCUUGAUGUGUUGUCUGUCUGUGAUACUCUCCCACAAAUGAAAAAAUUGCAGCACACUUCAUUUUUUAAAAAAUGAUAGUUUUGUAUUGAAAGCAGCUACUCUUCCUCUCUUCAUGUUGCCUUAAUCCUAACCAAAUGUGUUUCUGUCGAUCCCGUUCUACAUUCCAUUGAGGGAGCAAUGUGUAACCAGUCCGGAUGGAAGGGUGUUUGGUCCUAUUUUCCCUGGAACUUGAAAUGUACCUACACACCCAGCCUCGUGUGUUUUGUUGCAUGUAAAGUGCCAUUUAUUUUUUGGAAAGAACACUGUACAGAAAGGAUGGAUUUAGAUUGUGUACAGACCCAAAAAUGUGUAUUUUCACACAUUGUAGCUAUACUACAAUGUUUUUUUAGCUUUUUAAUAUUUUAAUAUAUAUACAUAUAUAUAUAUGUAAAGUUUAGGUCAGAGUAACUAAAAAAAACAGCUGAUGCAAUGAAAUGUCUAAUUUAUAUAUUCAGGUUUACACUCCGUUGUAUUUGUCUCAGUGGCUAUUUGCUGUUUAAAAUUUGUACAUACUCUGUUACGUCUGUGAUCUCAGAUCUUUUCCAAAUGCCUUAUAUAGCUAUGACUAUAUUAAAGGUCAAAUUAAAAAUUUAA